AUGCAAAACCCAACCCCCGGACUUGGGACCGCUCAGGAUAGGCGCUUUGUGCCAAAGAGCGCAGCACCAAAUAUCAAGGGCCAUGGGCCUCUUCCCCGAAGGCGCAAUGCAUUGACGUGCGACAUGUGCCACAAGAAGAAGACAAAAUGCGAACUCGAAGGAUCCAAUACUACCUGUGUACAAUGUAUGCGCCGUAACACGAGAUGCAACUAUACCACAAGAAGAGAGAAACGAGAGAAUCUCAAGAGAUCGCAAUACGUAAAGGAACUGGAAGAACGCGUGAGAAGGACCGAGUCUUUGCUCAAGGCAGCUGGUCUUCUUGAUGAGGAGAGUGCCCGGAACGAACUCGUUGACGGCGAGGCAGACCAGCCGGACAGCGAAAGCGAGCAUGAUAAUGGCCGAAACGAGGAUAUCUCUGAAACGGCAGAUUGGGGUGUCAUAUCGGAUAAUCAACCACGACAUCAUGCGUUGACGGGCCAAAAGUUAGGCUCUACGACUGGCAACCUUGAUCGAAGCUCGUGCCCUCCACUCGGACCCAAGCGUUCGUCUACCCAUCAUGAGCGCAGGCAUUCAGCUACUGGUUGUAGUGACCUCCAGCAUGUUCCGGUUCUCAGGGCAGAUGAUAGAGAGGAGUCUCGAUACUAUGGACGAUCUUCCUUCAUGUCCAUUCUAUCGCGACAAGGGAUAGAAUGGAUCAAAGAAAAGACCGGCGACGUCAAAUUCCUCAACUGUUUGACCACCGAUUCGAAUAAAGAUAGCCCUUGGGAUUACUGGCGGCCAGAUGUGUUCCACGAUCUGUUUGCUUCGCAAGUCUUCAAACCGCUCCCGUCAAGAGCAGAAGUGUUCUCGUUAAUGAAGGACUACUUUCGUACCUUGAACCGACUAUUCCCUCUCUACCAUGAGGAAUCGUUCAUGCGCCUGGUGGAAUGGCAAUAUACGCAACAAACGUGCGAUGAUGCCGCCCGCUGGGCCAAUAUAAACAUAAUUCUCUCCUUGGCUUAUGAAUACCGAUUCUCGAACAGCCUGAAACCAGAAAAGGAUAAAGAGAAAGCUUGGAUGUACUUCAAGAACGCCAUGUCGGUCUUUGUUGAGUUGACUCUUCGACGAACUGAUCUGUUGAGUAUACAGGCGCUGUUGGGCAUGGCGCUUUUCCUUCGAGGCAACUCGGGUACUCAGUCGGCAUUACCAAUUAUCACGGCAGCUAUGAGGUCGUGUCAUCGGAUGGGACUUCAUAGGGAUCUCCCGAGACCCCACUUCUCGCCUGUUGAGCAGGAGCAAAGGAAGAGGGUUUUCUGGAUUGCGUAUAUCCUUGACCAAAGUACAUGUGUUCGGUCCGGAAGCGCACCAACCCAACACGUCGACGACUUCGACGUAGACCUUCCCUCCGAAGAAGACGACGACCACCUAGUAGAUAACUUCCAAUCCUUCUUCCGCCAACUCUGCCGCCUAACCGUCAUAAAAGGCCGCAUCUGCUGCAAACUCAACUGCACCAAAGCCCUAGACAACCGCUCCGUCGGCGAGAUCUUCCAAAUCAUCAAUGAACUGAACGCAGAGCUAGAAGAGUGGAAGAAAAACGGCAUCUUCGACCUCCAGUUGAAGAUGAAGCCAGCAGGAGAAGAUUUUCUGUUUGGGUUUGCGACGGCUGGUCUUCGACUUGUUUAUUACAAUUCGUUAAUUAUGGUUCAUCGCAUUCCGUUGAUUGUCCAUUUUAUCCACGCUCGACACAUCCCCCCGGAAAGGCAAAAAGCCUCUGAUCUACGGCUCAUUGCGAACAAUUCCGCCGCAUCCGCAACCAUCUGCCUCCAAGCCGCCCGGGACACCCUAAAGCUCGUGAACAGCCUACCAUGGGGCGACAUUGCCUGGAUAUGGUCCCUACUUUACUACGUCUUCCUCGCCGUGAUAACCAUCUUCGCACACGUAAUGGAGGACAGCCGCCACCCCAAAGCCAAAGAAGACGUGAACCUCCUGAACAUCGCCUCCACGUUCCUGGGAACGCUAAUUCCCGCCGACGGCUCGUGUAAAUACGCACGGUUCAUGGCGCAGAUGAGUGCGAAUUUCGAGCGUAUUGCACGGGCAAGUAUUGAGAGGUAUGAAAGGGCGGGGGAGAGUUUCGAAUAUCGCAAUUCUGUGUCUGCAACGCAGUCGCCGCUGCCGGGUUCGGGGCCAGAUCAUGGGCAUAAUAAGACGACCUCGUCGUCGUGUACGCAGGGUCUGCAGUGUCAGGAUUCGGGCUAUGUUACGUCUCCGGCGUCGAAUGUGAAUAUGGAGAUGAAUAUCGCACGGGUUGAGAAUUUGCCGCAUAGCCUUGCUGCGAAUGGUCUUGCUGGCCCCGAAGCUCAUAAUAACGACUACCACCAACCGUGUCAAGCAAUGGCAGACCAUAUGAGUCCCAAUUACACCACUACAACAAACACCCAAUUCUACAUAAACCCCACCAACAACCUCUUCCCUACAAACCUCACCCCAACACCAACGCAAACACUAUCAACCGAUCACCUAUAUCCCUUCUCGAACCCGAACUCCGAUCCUAACCCCUGCACCGCCACACCCACACCCACCGACAACUGCACAGCAACAGGAGCAGGACCCUGCUUCGUCCCUCCACCCCCAAAUCUAUGGCAGAUACCACUUACGGCGGAUUGGGAGUUCAAUCAGUUCCUGAACGGUAUGCCGCCAGGUAUACUCCCCGGCCCUGGCACCGGCACUGGUACAACCACCAAUGCAAAUGCAGGUUAUCCAUUCGACCUCUCAACACCAGGAUUGGGAAUAAACCCUGGCCCCGGGCCCGGCCCCGCGACAGUCCCACAAACACCCACUACACCCACUACUAGCGCCAUAGAUAGCGGAAACAUCAUGGGCUAUGACUACGGGACUCAAGCUCAAGCUCAAGCCCAAGCUCAGAUGCAGAAUUUGAACCAGGGUCAGCAGCAGCAUCAGCUGUAUCAGCAGUUUAUGGAUGCGCAGAACGCCGGCGCAGGUUAUUGA